GGGCUGGGCCUCCUGGACCGGGAAGCUGCUCUCGUUGGAGGCUGCAGAGCUCAGAGAGGCGGGCUUACCCACACCGGAGGAAAGUGAAACUACCAGUGUCCAAGGACCCUGCAUCAGCUGUCUAGCCUCGCCGCCUGUAAAACAACCACCGGCGGCAGCGGACAGAGGUAUAUAGCUACCUCCUCUGAAAAUAGAAGCCAGGUGUUCUGCAGCUUUUUGUGUUCACCAGGCAGCAUGAACUCCCUCUCAGGAAGAGCCGCUUUGUCUCUGUGCCGACGCUCAGCAGCGGGCGGCAUGAGGGCCCUGGCCGCCUCUCCGGCUCACCCCGCCGGGGUGCUGGAGGCUGACAGGGCCGCUGUCCAGGCGGUGCGGGUCUGCCACUCCGGGACGGACAAAUCGGGCAGCGUGUACACCAGGAAGCGGGGCUAUGACAUCACCAGGAACCCCCACCUGAACAAGGGAAUGGCGUUCACGCUGGAGGAGCGCUUGCAGCUGGGCAUUCACGGCCUGCUGCCCCCCUGCUUCCUCUCUCAGGACGUGCAAGUGCUGCGCGUCAUGAAGAGCUAUGAGACGCGUGCGAACCCUCUGGACAAGUACAUUCUGCUGAUGACGCUGCAGGACAGAAAUGAGAAGCUGUUCUACCGCGUGCUGACCUCUGACAUCGAGGAGUUCAUGCCCAUCGUGUACACCCCCACGGUGGGUCUGGCCUGUCAGCAGUACGGGCUCACCUUCAGGAGGCCGCGAGGGCUCUUCAUCACCAUCCAUGACCGAGGACACAUCGCCACCUUGCUCAACUCCUGGCCUGAAGAAGACAUCAAGGCCAUCGUGGUGACCGACGGCGAGCGUAUCCUGGGACUCGGCGACCUGGGCGGCUAUGGAAUGGGAAUUCCCGUAGGAAAGCUGGCGCUCUACACGGCCUGUGGCGGCGUUCCUCCACAGCAGUGUCUCCCUGUGCUGCUGGACGUCGGCACGGACAAUCAGGCCCUGCUGGAUGAUCCGUUGUACAUCGGACUGAAGCACAAGAGGAUCAGAGGGAAGGAGUAUGACGAGCUGAUCGAUGAGUUCAUGCAGGCAGUGACGGACAAGUACGGGAUGAACUGCCUGAUCCAGUUUGAGGAUUUCGCCAACAGCAACGCCUUCCGGAUCCUCAACAAAUACAGGAACCGAUACUGCACCUUCAACGACGACAUCCAAGGCACGGCGUCCGUCGCUGUGGCAGGAAUCUUCGCUGCCCUGAAGAUCACCAAGAACAAACUUUUAGACCACACUUUUGUUUUCCAGGGAGCCGGCGAGGCCGCUUUAGGGAUUGCCCACCUGCUCAUGAUGGCCAUGGCCAAAGAGGGCGUAACCAGAGAAGAAGCUGCUAGGAGGAUCUGGAUGGUCGACUCUAAAGGCCUGAUUGUAAAGGGGAGGAGCCACCUGAACCACGAGAAGGCGGAGUUUGCUCACGACCAUCCACACCUGAAGACGCUGGAGGAGGUGGUGCACACCAUCAAACCCACCGCCAUUAUAGGCGUGGCUGCGAUUGGAGGAGCGUUCACUGAGAAGAUCAUCAAAGACAUGGCGUCGUUCAACGAGAGGCCCAUCAUCUUUGCUCUGAGCAAUCCCACUAGCAAGGCUGAGUGCACGGCCGAGCAGUGCUACAAGCUCACAGAGGGCCGAGGCAUCUUCGCUAGCGGGAGCCCGUUCGACAAGGUGACGCUGCCCGACGGACGCACCUUCUUCCCAGGACAGGGAAACAACGCCUACGUGUUCCCUGGAGUGGCCCUGGGAGUUAUCGCCUGCGGCGUGCGCCACAUUUCUGAUGACAUCUUCCUCACUACUGCAGAGGCCAUUUCUGAUAUGGUAACAGAGGAGAACCUGGCUGAAGGAAGACUUUACCCUCCUCUCAACACCAUCAGAGAGGUGUCCUUCAAAAUAGCGGUGAAGGUCGUAAACCAUGCUUACAAACACAACGAUGCCUCGGUGUAUCCCGAGCCAAAAGACAAGGAGGCGUUUGUUCUGUCUCAGAUCUACAGUCCGGAUUACGACUCCUUCACUCUGGACACUUACAGCUGGCCUCAGGAGGCCAUGAACGUCCAGGAUGUCUAACCUGUCUCUAGACGUGUCCUCUAGUCUGAAGUUUCACAUCAUUCUAAACUUUUUUUUCUGUUCUGCAAGCAAACAUUAGUCCUUUACAUAUCAGCAAAUGGUAAAUGAUCGUUUCUGUAUUUUAUCCACGUCAGCGAUCAAACACGUAGCUUAAAUUGCACUCCACAUCUUAUUUUAAGGGAUGCUUCAUUACAUAAAUAUCAAACCCUGUGUGCCUCUUCCAUUGUGAUCUCAGGACAUCCCCAGAUUAUAAAGAGAAUAUUUCAGCCACCAUCUUUUCAGUCUGAUGCACUCCUCUAGUAUUUGUGUUGUUUUAAAACCUCCCUGCAGGAUAAACUUGUGCUUGUUUGAAGCUCUGCUUUUUGCUUGGAUGAGGUUUUGGUGAAUGCAUUUAAAGAAGGAAUAUUCAGAGAUUUAAGUGUAAUCAUCUUAAGUAUUUUUUUCUUACACAGUUGAGUGUUCUGCUUUUUGCUUUGUACAAACAUUUGCUGUGUGGUUUGUUUUUGCCUAAAUUACUUAUGAACCUUUUAUUUUACUCUGAGAAAAUCAAACUCCAUCAUGCUGUGCAGAAUUUGGUGUUGGAAACAAAUGCUUGAAGAUGAAAUUUUAAAUUUUAAAUAAAAAUGUGUGGAAAUUA